UUUAAACAAACAAGUUAGCAUAAUGCUAAGUGCUUAAGUUACUUAAUUAUAACUUAGAAACAACAUAAAAUCUGCUACAUUUCAAAUGAAUAACACAUUUUUAUUCGAUUGCUAAAGAAUGCAAAAUGAAGAAAGGAGACGUUAUCAAAGCAAAUACUGGAAAAGUAUUAAAUUUCGACCAUCUUACGUUUUGGGUGGCGAAUGCAAAAACGGCAUCUAGUUAUUUUGUCACUCGCUUUGGAUUUAAGCCGUUGGCUUUCAGAGAUUCGACAGAAGACAGACCUGUCGUUUCCUAUGCCGUUCAACAAAAUAAAAUAAUAAUUAUAUUUGAAUCACCUCUUUCAAACAAGAGUGAAAUAACAAAAGAUUUAGCAGACCACGGAGAUUUCGUGAAAGACGUUGCGUUCGAAGUAUCUGAUCUCGACGCGAUUGUCCAAAAAGCUAAGAAAGGAGGCGCUGUAGUUGUCAAAGACGUUACCGAAGAAAAUGAUAAAAAUGGAAUUAUAAAAUACGCUGUUUUAAAAACGUACGGCGACAAUACUCACACACUCAUUGACAGAUCAAAGUACACCGGACUGCUAUUCCCAGGAUACCAGGCGCUUGAAGACGAUCCACUGAAUGAGCUAUUGCCUGAAACUAAUUUGAACUUCGUAGAUCAUGUGGAAGGUAAUAUGGCGGAUGGAACACUUGAGGAUUCUGUGACUUGGUAUGAGAAGAACUUGAAUAUGCACAGGUUCUGGUGCGUGGAUUACAGCCACGAUUUAGUACCACACUCUUGCAUCAACUCAGCUUCUGUUAUCAAUCAGACAGAAACUGUUCUUCUGUCAUUAAACGAAGCAGCGAAGGGUAUCCGACCUACAAGCAAAGCUACCGAAUUUGUAAAAGCUCUCGGUACGUCGGGGGUCGAACACAUUGCCCUAUACACAGAUGACAUCGUCUCUACCAUGAAGAGUUUGAAGUCACGUGGCGCUGACAUACUGUCAUGGCCGCCAACUUAUUACGACCUGAUAAAGGAGAAACUUAAAGACAGUCCCGUGAACGUAGCAGAGAGUAUAGAAGAAUUGAAAGAACAGAACAUUUUGAUAGACUUCGACGAAAGAGGUUACAUGUUGCAAGCUUUCACCAAGCAUUUGCAAGUCCGUCCCACUUUAUUCAUUGAGAUAAUACAGAGACGGAACCACAGGGGUUUCGGCGCUAUGAACUACAAAUGGGUCUUUGAAGCUAUUGAACACAUAGACAAGAAGGAAACAGAUAACUAAAUACAAAUAACGAAAAAAAAAAAACAUAUUUAGCUUGUAUAUGUAGCAUUUUAGAUUGUAUUGUGUGUAUGUAACUGAUAUGGCCCAGUGGUUAGAACACAAAAAUCUUAACAGAAAAACGUGUUAAUCCGGAAUAAACAGCAAUGAAUUUAUUUGAUCAAUUUGUUUUUAUAAUUCAUCUCAUAUUUCGC